UACAUGUUGUUUCUGUGUAUCAUGUGGGGCUAUGAUGGGCUUGCUGGUGCAAUCGUCCUUUCUAUCCCAAGAUUUCGUCAGGAUUACGGCUAUCCGUACAUGGGAGACUAUGUUGUUUCGGCCAAUUGGCAAUUGGGAUUUACGUCUGCCUCGUUGUUCGGUCUCAUUUUUGGAGGUGCAAUAACCGGUUUUAUAUCUGAGCGAUGGGGUCAACGUGUUUCUAUCAUCGGUGCCUAUGCGUUGACCGUAGGAGGUGUGUUCGCCCAGUGGUUUUCCCCCGGCGACAUGCCCCUCUUCUUUGCCGGAAAACUCCUCACCGGUAUCCCCCUCGGAGUCUUUCUUACUGUCGCACCCGUCUAUACAUCUGAGGUUGCUCCUCCGGCGCUUCGUGGAGCUAUGGUCGCUGCGGUGAAUUUCAGCAUCGUCAUCGGCCAGCUCAUCGGAUACGGUGUCAUGAGAGAGGUUCAAGCUAUCGAUGGACCAAACGCAUAUCGCAUCAUGUAUGCCGUCCAAUGGGGGUUCGCAGGAGUCGGUCUUUGCUUUGUCGCAUUUUUGCCUGAAUCCCCCAUGCGUCUCAUAAAGCGUGGAAAGGAAGAGGCCGCGAGGAAGUCAAUUGUCAAGUUGUCACCCUCGGGCGUUGAUGUUGAUGCCAAAGUCGCGGAGAUCCGGGCAGUCCUAGCCCAUGACCAAAAGGCGCAAGAAAACAGUGGUACCAUCAAGGAAUGCUUCAACAAGAAGAAUCGCCUUCGAACUGCGAUCGCAUUGUCAGUCUUCUUCUUCCAGGCCAGUUCGGGUGUUGCUUGGGUGGGUCUGGAGGUGUUCGAUGCUACUGUCGGUAUCGCAGGGUCCAUGGCAGUUGGAACCAUGGUCAGUUGGUGGGCUGUUGAGCGUAUCGGACGUCGCUGGACCAUCUUCGGAGGAAUGUUGGCAUGCACCAUCUCGCUUUUAAUCAUUGCCGUGCUAGCCCUGUUCGUUGAGAAGGGCAGGAACGUAGUCUUGACGCAAGUUGGGUUCAUGGCUCUCUGGGCUUUUAUGUAUCAAGCGUCCAUCGGCUCUGUUGGCUACACCAUGAUGGCCGAAGUUCCGACCUCGCAUCUCCGUGGUGUAACCCAGUCAAUGGCGACAAUGGUCAAUGGUUUCUCCAAUGCCAUUUGGUCACUGGCUAUGCCAUACAUGGUCAACCCUGACCAGGCCAACAUGGGAGGAAAGGUGGCCUUCAUCUUCUUCGCUCUCCUUCUGUUCGCGGAUACAUUCAUCUUCUUCUACUAUCCCGAGACUAAGGGCCGUUCGUUCGAGGAGAUUGAUGCCCUGUUCGAUCGCAAGAUUUCGCCCCGACGCUUCGCCUCGACAAAACUCAACUAG